AAAAACAAUACCAGAAAGGAAAUAAAAAAUGACAGCUAAAGACCAUAUUAGGCAGAACCAUUUUUAGAAAGGGGAAAAAAAACAAAAAAAAAAAAAAAUUACAAAAGUAAAGAAACUGAAAAGUAUGACAUCAAACGUGAAUAAAUAAAUGCGAAUAAUUGAUUCCUCAACAAAAGGGGAUGGUCACGAAAGAUUCUGUCACAACUUUCAAUGAUUACAGCGGCUUUCUAAAUAAAAAAAGGACAAAGAAUCCAAAAAUCAAAAUACAUAUACCAAAUCAGGCGUUGGUUUUUACUCCAACCACACAAUAUGACAAAGAGUCUUUCCCUUCAAAAUAUUCAGUAGCAAAAGCAAAACCGUUACUGUAGUCUAUGACUAUUCAUGGCUUCUUGCCAAUUAGCUCUUCUCUUCCUUUCUCUCUUCCUUUUUCACCAACCUCUGUUUUGCACAGCAAAUCUCCACAAAAUCAACCUUCUCAGGCCAGAAAUUCAAACCCAACAAACACUUCUCAAUGACACCCCACCUACUGUCUUCUUUGAAGUGACCAAACCCAUCGAAAUACCAAAAACCAGUCCUUGUUCCCACCUCAUCCUUCACCAUGACUUUGGCUACACUUAUGGCAAACCACCAGUUCUUGCAAACUAUUCCCCUCCUUCAGAAUGCCCAUUUCAGAAAUUCUCCAAGAUUGUCCUUGAAUGGAAAGCAACCUGCAAAGGAAGGCAAUUUGAUCGCAUUUUCGGAGUUUGGCUUGGUGGUGUCGAGCUUCUUCGUAGCUGCACGGCAGAGCCAACAGCUACUGGGAUUGUUUGGACUGUUGAGAAGGACAUUACAAAGUAUUAUUCGUUGCUUUUGAAGAAUCAAACUCUGGCUGUUUAUAUUGGCAAUCUUUUGGAUAGUACUUACACUGGUAUAUACCAUGUUGAUGUAACAUUUCAUUUUUAUCCUGCUAAUGACUAUUUAAACGAUUUUGUGCAAAAUGGGUAUGAUUUGGCAUCUGGGUACAAUUUCUGGGCUGAUUUGAUACUGCCCAUUUCUAGAAAUCUGCCUUUAAAAGAUGGAUUGUGGUUUGAAAUUGAGAAUUCCACGGAUUCCGCAUUGAAGGAAUUCAAAAUCCCUAAAAAUGUUUAUAGGGCUGUGCUAGAGGUCUAUGUUUCUUUUCAUGAAAAUGAUGAAUCUUGGUACUCAAAUCUUCCAAAUGAGUACAUUGUUGCAAACAACAUUACUGAUUUUCCAGGAAAUGGGCCUUUUAGGGAGGUCGUAGUCAGUGUUGAUGAUGAAAUUGUUGGUGCUGUAUGGCCUUUUACUGUGAUUUUUACUGGAGGAGUCAAUCCUCUCCUAUGGAGACCAAUUACUAGCAUUGGCUCAUUCAAUCUCCCUUCUUAUGACAUUGAAAUCACACCUCUAUUAGGGAAAAUCUUAGAUGGGAAAAUCCAUACUAUCAGUUUUAGUGUUACAAAUGGUUUGAAUGUUUGGUUGGUUGAUGCUAAUUUGCAUCUUUGGUUGGAUAGAACAUGUGCAAAAACCGAAGGAAGGCUCUAUGAACAUACUAGCUCCCCUCUUGAUGUUUCACUGGUAUCUAAUUUCAAUGGCCCAAAUGGAACAUCUUCGACAAUCGUAAGCCGGUCUGUGAUGUCAAUUGGGUGGGUUAAGUCCUCCUAUGGGAAUAUCACUACUAAAUCUGUUCAAGAUUUAUAUUACAGUAAUUCAAUGGUGUUAGGAAGCAGAGGAGAUAUGCAGAUAGUGAAGCAGAUAAUCCAUUUCAAUGACACUGUUCAUGCCAGUAUGCCAUCAUCAUCUUAUGCCUACCUGUCGAAAUCGAAGAAAACAUUUUCUCUCUACUUGGAUUCUAACAUCUCAAGUCUAGGAAAUGGUACUUCUUUCUAUGUUGCAAACCUUACUAUGGGGUUUAAGGAGAAGAAGUACAAGGAUCAUGGUUUUGGAAUCUUGAAAAGCUCUUUGGAAAAUCUGCAGAACGGCCAGGGAUAUAUGGUUGUUAAGAAAAACUUGGUAGUGAGUGGACUGGGGAGUACACAACAGAAAUACAAAUAUGAUGGAGAAAAAGACUGUUAUUUCAGAAAUAUAAGCAGCUCAAACUAUACCAUUCUUUAUGAUAAAGUGAGAACUGCAUGCCAGAAACAGACACUUCUGGUCUAAGCUACAACUUACAGAGGAGGAGAUCAUGAAACUUUUUCUUGCUUUAUGGGAUUUUGUUCAUAGCAGUGAGGGCUUUGUUGUUAUUUAUAUUGAAUGAUUAUUCAAAUGCUUCAUAAAAUUAAGUUCUCCAUUUGUAAGAAGUCACAAAGGAUUCUUGUAGGUGGAUGCCCAAAAUAAAAAUGCUAGUGUUUUCAUAACCCAUUGUCAUUAAUUUAUGAAAACUGUUGUAGAAUUUCAUUAAGCUAUAUAACUACGGUUUGUUUUUCAAGUGGUAUAAUUAAUAAGUACGUUAUUUUCCUUUCAA